ACCGAACGGCCCGGGUUGGAGCGACCAGCCCCGCAGCGGAUCAUGGUGCAGCAGGCGGAGAGCUUGGAAGCGGAGAGCAACCUGCCCCGGGAGGCGCUGGACACGGAGGAGGGCGAAUUCAUGGCUUGCAGCCCGGUGGCCCUGGACGAGAGCGACCCAGACUGGUGCAAGACGGCGUCGGGCCACAUCAAGCGGCCGAUGAACGCAUUCAUGGUGUGGUCCAAGAUCGAGCGCAGGAAGAUCAUGGAGCAGUCUCCGGACAUGCACAACGCCGAGAUCUCCAAGAGGCUGGGCAAGCGGUGGAAAAUGCUGAAGGACAGCGAGAAGAUCCCGUUCAUCCGGGAGGCGGAGCGGCUGCGGCUUAAGCACAUGGCCGACUACCCCGACUACAAGUACCGGCCCCGGAAAAAGCCCAAAAUGGACCCCUCGGCCAAACCCAGCGCCAGCCAGAGCCCGGAGAAGAGCGCGGCUGGCGGCGGCGCUGGGGGCGCGGGCGGCGGCGCGGGCGGCGCCAAGACCUCCAAGGGCUCGAGCAAGAAAUGCGGCAAGCUCAAGGCCCCCGCGGCCGCCGGCGCCAAGGCCGGCGCGGGCAAGGCGGCCCAGCCCGGGGACUACGGCGGCGCGGGCGACGACUACGUGCUCGGCAGCCUGCGCGUGAGCGGCGCGGGCGGCGGCGGCGCGGGCAAGACGGUCAAGUGCGUGUUUCUGGACGAGGACGACGAGGAUGAGGAAGACGACGACGAGUUGCAGCUGCAGAUCAAGCAGGAGCCGGACGAGGAGGACGAGGAGCCCCCGCACCAGCAGCUCCUGCAGCCUCCGGGGCAGCAGCCUUCCCAGCUGCUGAGACGCUACAACGUCGCCAAAGUGCCCGCCAGCCCCACGCUGAGCAGUUCGGCCGAGUCCCCCGAGGGCGCCAGCCUCUACGACGAGGUGCGGGCGGGCGCGACCUCCGGCGCCGGGGGCGGCAGCCGUCUCUACUACAGCUUCAAGAACAUCACCAAGCAGCACCCGCCGCCGCUGGCGCAGCCCGCGCUGUCGCCCGCGUCCUCGCGCUCCGUCUCCACCUCCUCGUCCUCCUCGUCCAGCAGCAGCAGCAGCGGCAGCAGCAGCAGCAGCAGCGGCGGCGAGGACGCCGACGACCUGAUGUUCGACCUGAGCUUGAAUUUCUCCCAAAGCGCGCACAGCGCCAGCGAGCAGCCGCUGGGGGCCGGCGCGGCGGCCGGGAACCUGUCCCUGUCGCUGGUGGAUAAGGAUUUGGAUUCGUUCAGCGAGGGCAGCCUGGGCUCCCACUUCGAGUUCCCCGACUACUGCACGCCGGAGCUGAGCGAGAUGAUCGCGGGGGACUGGCUGGAGGCGAACUUCUCCGACCUGGUGUUCACGUAUUGA